AUGGAUGCUGAUGAAUUUCGACAGCGGGGUAAAGAAGUUAUUGAUUUUAUUGCUGAUUACUUAACAAAUAUUCGAUCGCGACGUGUUUUCCCAAAUGUUAAACCGGGUUAUAUGCGUCCUAUGAUUGCUGACGAAGCACCAAAACAAGGCGAACCAUGGGAGAAUAUUUUCAAUGAUAUCGACCGAGUUAUUAUGCCUGGUAUUACACAUUGGGAAUCGCCUUAUAUGCAUGCGUAUUUUCCAGCAUUGAAUUCCUAUCCAUCUUUACUUGGAGAUAUGCUAGCCAAUGGCCUUAAUCAAAUAGGAUUUACAUGGGCAUCAAGUCCAGCAUGUACUGAAUUAGAAACAGUUGUAAUGGAUUGGUUAGCGAAAAUGAUUGGAUUACCAAAUGAUUUUCUUCAUUCGCAAGCCGAUACGACGGGCGGUGGUGUGAUACAAACAACAGCGUCCGAGGCAACACUCGUAGCAUUGCUUGCUGCUCGAAAAGAAGUUAUUCGCCGUAUUCAAAGUCAAUUUCCUUAUUUAAGUCCAGCGGAAAUCAAUGGACGUCUUAUUGCUUAUUGUUCUGAUCAGGCUCAUUCGUCUGUCGAGAAAGCGUGUCUUAUCGGUUUGGUUAAACUUCAUCUUGUGCCAAGUGACGAUAAACUACGUCUACGUGGCAAUGCCUUACGACAAGCGAUUGCCAAUGAUAAAGAAAAUGGUCUUAUACCAUUUUAUCUUUGUGCAACACUCGGUACUACUGGAGCUUGUGCAUUUGAUAAUCUUGUUGAACUUGGUCCAGUAUGUGAACGAGAACAUAUUUGGAUACAUGUUGAUGCAGCUUAUGCUGGAAGUGCUUUUAUUUGUCCGGAAUUUCGGCAGCUUAUGAAUGGAGUAGAAUUUACUCAAUCGUUUGCAUUUAAUCCAUCGAAAUGGAUGAUGGUACAUUUUGAUUGUACGGCAAUGUGGGUAAAAUCAAGUGCUGCACUUCAUCGAGCAUUUAAUGUUGAUCCACUAUAUCUUCAACAUGAAAAUGCGGGCGUAGCCAUUGACUAUAUGCACUGGCAAGUUCCAUUGAGUCGUCGAUUUCGUUCAUUGAAACUUUGGUUUGUUAUUCGUUCAUUUGGUGUUGAAGGUUUACAAAAACAUAUUCGAAAUAGUGUUCGAAUGGGCACAUUAUUUGAAUCGUUGGUCAGAAGAGACGAUCGCUUUGAAUUACCAGCUGAGCGACAUCUUGGCUUAGUUGUUUUUCGAUUAAAAGGUGAAAACGAAUUAACUGAACAAUUAUUAAAAGAAAUAAAUAGCGGCGGACAAAUUCAUUGUGUACCAGCAUCGAUCAAAGGAAAAUACAUCAUACGUUUUACGGUUACAGCAACAUCAACAAAUGCAAAUGAUAUAAAUCGUGAUUGGAAAAUAAUUCAAGCAGCAGCCAGUAAAGUCCUACGUCCAUUAGAUAAUCUAUCACCACAAGAACGACGUAAUACAAUAAAAAAUCUCAAUGAUGAUUUUCGUAUGUCACUUGUUUUAUCAAAUACACCGAAUAGUCCACGUUUAAUAAAUGGAAGUUUUGCUGCCAUAUUACCAUUGAACACAAAUCAUAUAUAUGCGAUGACACACGAAUUAAGUCAACGCGGAUUAAAAAAUUCUCUUUUACCAAUAUCAACACGACGUCGGACAAAACAUUAUUCUGGUGAACCAGCAAUGAGUAAACAAAUGAGUAUGGAUGGCUAUUUAGUGAAUAGUGAUCAACAAAAAUGCUCAUUGUCUCUAACUCCAUCAACAUUACCAAUAAUUCGGCAAGGAAGUUUAGAUUCACGCAUUGAAGAAAUCUUAGAAAAUAAUAACAUGGAUAAUAAAGGAAACAAUGAACUUUUAUCGUCGCCACCAACUGGUCACCCUGAUCUGGCUAUUUAUGUACCAAAAAUUAUUAAAGAAUAA